AUGCUAGCUGCAGCGGGUAAGAAAUUUUGCCAGUAUAAAACAGUGUGCAAAGAUGUUGUUUUCCGUUUCGUUCAAAAUCAUCUUGGUGUCAAGAUUGAUCCGUCUUCCAUCGAUUCGGUGUGGCGAUUUAAAACCUCGUCAGCAACUAAUAAUAAUCGUCCGCCACUUCUUGGUAUCGCGUUUAACGACUUGUCUGUUCGUUCGUCGAUCCUAGCAAAGACACCUACUAUUAAAAACUCGUCUGAUGCUCUUGUCAAAAUUGUUUACAUCGGUAAACAUUUGACAAAAAAACAAUCUUUGCAAGCCUUUGAGGCUCGACAACGACAGAAUAGGUCGCAAGAAGAACAACAGCAAUCAACUACAUCAUCUGUUGUUAGCAAGGACAAUAAUCGGCCGAAUCAAAAUAGUAACGUCAGGCACGCUUUGUGUAGUGAAAUAGAAAAAUGUGUUUAUAUAAAUAAGCCCUGGUAUCCGUCAGCCAAUAUUCUGAUUCAAGAUCGUUUAUUAAAAUUUGUUGAAAGAGGACUUGAUGAUGAACAAGAGGAAAAAGAAUUUGGCGUUCUAAAUUCUGGUAGAUGUUAUAAGAUAACAAGAGAUGAAAAUGGUGAAGUACAACUAGUAGCAACAAAAGCAAAAAGAAAAGCAAAAAACGAAGAGAAAGAAACCGAGCAAAAGGAAAAACAAAAAAUAGAUUUCUUCAUUUUAUUUGAUAAAAAAAAAGAAGUGCAAGUGGUAUUACGCGAACUAAUGACAGUUGCGGAAGAGACGGGUUACAUCCCAUCCGAAAUCAAGUGUUACAAAGCAUUAACAGAAAAACAGUUUGAUAUUGCAUCCAAUAGAAUUCGACACAUUCAGACGGCGUUAUCUACAUGUGUCAAGGUGGUGAAACCAACAAGUACAUCUCAAACGCUCGAACGUGAAAAAGAAAAGAAUCAGGCUGCUCGAAAUGAUGAAGAAGCCAGUUGUAAUAAUGAAAGUGGUAGUGGUCGUGCGGUUUGUUGUUCAGGAAAAGAAGAAAGGAACAAAGUAUACAACGAUGAAAAAGAAAAUGACGAUGAUCAACGGAAACUCGAACGGCGACAGCAACAACUGGGCGAUAAACCAAAUCGAAAGAAACGGGAAGUUGUUCAAUUGAUUGAUGCAUUAACGUCGACCUCGCCACUAUUUCUUUUAUUUCUCGAUUGUGUAUAUCAGUUAAUUGUUCAAAAUCCAUUUUUAUUUGAAUUUACAGAUGAUUUACUUAUUGAAUUGUAUUGUAGUGUUUGUUAUUGUUGUCAUCAUACGUUUUUAUUUAACAAUGUUGGUGAACGACUUGAUGCAAUGAAAAAUUGUCCAAAUCAUUUAUUAUUAUUAUUAUUAUCAACAUUUGGUUUUUCAUUAUAUUUGUCGUUAAAAUCACGCUUAAUAACAGAAAAACCUGAUGAACGAUCAUCAUCAAAGGAAAACGAAGAGUUAGCAUCGUUUACAGGAAAAAAACGCUCACGUUCAAAGUGGAGUACAGAAGCAGCAAUUACGGAACUUUUGGAUUCUAAUGUGAUCUUUGGAAAACGUGAAAGAAAGCCGCCAGCACUAUACAAGUCAUGA